GGCAUCUGGGAUGCGGGAGGGCGCAUCCCUUGCAAGUUCAUAGCAUAUUAAAUCACAGUGGUGAGCUGGGCAAGCAAGGAUUCAUUAUAUCAUGGUACAGAAUGAGGUUACAAUAAUCCAUCAGUAGUCAACCAGCCAGUGGGCCAGCAUGAGUGGGAAGAGCCUGCUGCUGAAGGUCAUCUUGCUGGGCGACGGGGGCGUGGGCAAAAGCUCUCUGAUGAACCGCUACGUGACUGACCGCUUUGACUCUCAGUCCUUCCACACCAUCGGCGUGGAGUUCCUGAACCGUGACCUGGAGGUGGACGGGCGGCUGGUGACGCUGCAGAUCUGGGACACGGCCGGCCAGGAGCGCUUCAAGAGCCUGCGCACGCCCUUCUACCGCGGCGCCGACUGCUGCCUGCUCACCUUCGCCGUGGACGACCUGCAGAGCUUCCAGAACCUGGGCUGCUGGAAGAAGGAGUUCAUGUAUUACUCGGACGUGCGCGACCCGGAGCGCUUCCCCUUCGUGGUGCUGGGCAACAAAGUGGACAAGGAGCAGGAGCGCGAGGUUGGGGCAGACGAGGCGCGGGCGUGGUGCGAGGAGAACGGCUGCUACCCGUACUUUGAGACCAGCGCCAAGGACGACACCAACGUGGGCUCGGCCUUUGAGGCAGCCGUCAGAGAGGUCAUCAAAGGCGAGGACCAGAUUGACCAUGCCCUGCUCAGCAGCACCAUUGACCUCCACGGGAACCGUAAAGCCCCCCGCUCUGGCUGCUGUUGAGUCAGCUCCACCCUGAACUGCUCUGCCUCCUGGCCUUGUGCUGUCCUGACCCGUCCUUGCUUGGUUGACCCUUGACCCCUCACCCCCGGCCUAUGUUGUUUCACAGGUACAGGCGCAAGAAGCCGUUGAGGGGUUCUACUGCUAAUAAUAAGAGUGUAAUCGAGAUAUGGUACUAUUGCGGCACUAUGGUCGUACAUGCUGUUCAGUUUACAUUAUACAUUUGCUGUCUGGUACUAAAACACAUUACAGAAUUCUGAUGGACUCUUGUCAGUAUACCGUUCAGAAUUUCCAAGAGCACAGCUUGCUGCACGUCAGUUUCACAUUUCAAGGUUGUAACCGGUACUUGACAUGCAGUCUCCUCUCCCAGCAGUGUUACAGCUCAUAUUACAGUACUAAACAUGGCU